AUGGAGCAGUGGCAUGAACCUCCCUCAGUCCUGGACUCCGAAGCAGAUGGCGCUGAAUCCAAAGCAGAUGGCGCUGAAUCCAAAGCAGAUGGCGCUGAAUCCGAAGCAGAUGGCGCGGACUCCGAAGCAGAUGGCAAUGUAUUGGACACCGUUAGCGAGGAUUCGGACCCAGUUCCCAUGCACGAGGGUGAGGAAGACGUUUUCGGGUGCACCAUCACUGCACAACCUGCAAUUCUCAGUAACGACGAGUUGGCUGAGGAGGGUCUCGAGGACUUGCCUUGGGAUCCAGUGGAGGAAAGACUACCCGAGGGAGGUGAAUUCGAAUUGCCACUGCAGGAAUUCGUGCUCCCAGAGUGCACCGCAAAGAAGGUUCCGCGGCCAAUCCCUUCAAACGAUGCUGUCAAUCGGGCCAUCCCCGAGAUGCAAGAAUUGGUUCGUCCUCGACGUGCCAAGGGCCCUGGCCACACAAAAUCGAAGCUUGAUCUUGUGACCCACACUCGACUCGAGUGUGUUCUCCGAUUCCUUCGACUUUAUCGCACGUCCGGGUAUGCUGCCUGGAGUCUGCACUCCGAAACCAUUGCCACAACGGCUGGCAAACGGGGAAGGAAGACCUGGCUUGCUCGAAAGCUGCGUGAAUGGGCCAUCGACUUUUGUGAGAAUGAGAAGGUUCGGAAGCUUCCGACACACCUUUUGGGGCAGCAUAACUCUUGUGUUCUUACCGACGAGGACGUUGCUGGCAGUAUCCAUCAGCAUUUGCAAUCACUCGGCAAGUGGGUGUCAGCGAAAGACAUUGCUCGAUAUGUGGCCACACCCGAGUUCCAAGCGCGACUGCAAAUCAAGCGGAAUAUCAGCGUCCGGACCGCGCAACGGUGGAUGAAAAAAAUGGGUUACCGUUGGAGGAAGGAACCCUCUGGCAUGUAUUCGGACGGCCAUGAACGCGAGGACAUCGUCCAUUAUUGGCAAAAUGUCUUCUUGCCUCGAUGGAGGCAUCUUCACUCGCGCGCCCGAUGGUGGAUUGAAACACACAGUCAAAAGACAAUUGAUGUGGAUGCCGAACUGUGUGCAUACCUUAGCGACUCUGAGGACGCGAGGGUGGUGGUGAUUUGGUGCCAUGACGAGUCAAUCUUCUAUGGCAACGAUCAGAGGCAGAUUCGGUGGGUUGGGAACUCGGAAACACCCACAAUCAAGGCUAAGGGAGAGGGGAAAAGCAUAAUGGUUGGUGACUAUGUCUGUCCUGACCGCGGCUGGAUGCGGGCAAAGACACCAAACGCAGAUGGAUCAUUUGACAGCGCCAGAGUGGUUCUCCGUCCCGGCAAGAAUAGAGAUGGAUACCAGACCAUUGAAUUGAUUCUCGCUCAAGCAACGAAGGCGAUGAAUGUGCUUGACAAAGAGUAUCGGGACGAACAUCACGUCUUCGCAUAUGAUAAUGCCCGUAUUCACACCGCCCGUGCCCCGGAUGGACUUUCAGCGCUGCACAUGACUGUUGGGCCGUCAAAAAACUUCAACAAAACCAAGGUCAACGGCGUACAGACACAGGUUCGGAUGCAAGAUGCGCGUUUCAAAAUGGGACACGCACAGUGUCUUUAUCUGCCUGAUGGAUCCUUCAAAGGAAUGAAGCAGCUGAUUAUUGAACGUCGUGCCAUGGGACAUGAUCUCCCUGAUCCGGAUGCACGCCUUGCUAACGGCCGGAAAAUGAGGGGCAAAUGUCUGAGCUUCGGCUGUCGAAACACGCCCUCCAUCAACUGUUGCAUGAAGAAAGUCUUGUAUUGCGAGCCUGAUUUCAAGGCACAGAUGGGAAUGCUUGAAGAGCAUUGCAUGAAACGUGGCUAUGAAGUCAUAUUCUUCCCCAAAUAUCACCCGGAGCUCAAUUUCAUUGAGCAAUGCUGGGGUUAUGCAAAACGCAUCUAUCGAAUGUAUCCUCGGACAACUAACGAGGAUGAUUUAGAGGCUAAUGUCAUCAGUGCGCUUGAAUCAGUUCCCAUUGAUUCAAUGCAACGCUUCGCAACAAGAUCUUUACGUUUCGCAGAUGGCUAUCACCAUGGGUUGAAUGGCGCAGAGGCAGCAUGGGCCAAUAAAAAGUAUAGAGGCCAUCAGACUCUUCCUCCCCAGUACUUAGAGCACUUAGAAAAGCGAAAAUUGUCGAAUUAG